AUGGAGGUUGCAAAGGUUAACAUGCUUAACGAUCUUAAUACAUUCUCAAACAACUAUUCGAUUAGAGUGAAGAUUGUUAGCAUUUCGAAGAAGAUGAUGAAUAAUAACAAAAAUGAAAUAUGUCGUCUUGAUAUGAUCUUCAUGGAUGAGAUGGGAACUAUGAUUCAAGCCAGCUGUUUGCAUAAGAUGCUAGGAAAAUUCAAGGAAUUUCUUCAGUUGGAUGAAUGUCUUCUUAUCACCAAACCUUCUCUUGCUACUAAUAAGUCCUCUGCUAAGUAUACCAAGAGAAAUGACAAAAUAUCAUUGUAUUUCUAUACUUCUGUUGAGAAAUGCUUUGACUGGUCUGGACCGAAAUACCGUUUUAAUUUCGUUAACCUCAAGGAUGUUGUUAAAAAUAAAUUUGAAGUUAAUACAGUUAUUGAUUGGAUUGGUUAUGUGGAUGUAUGUUUCAAUCUAGAGGAUACGUCAAAGAAGGAUGGGAGCAAGGGCAAGAGACUUAAUCUUAGACUUAAAGACAUUGAAGGCCAAAAGUGUCCGGUUACUUUGUGGGAUGGUUUUGCUAUUGACAUGUUUGCUUACAUGAAUGAUAAGAAACGAGAGAAAUAUGUUGUUAUCCUUUGUCAUUUUGGUAUGGUCAACCUUUACAAAGGCAAGCGUGGUGUUGCAAACGGCUUUGAGCUAAGCAGACCUUUUAUUGACACUGACAUUGAAGAGAUAUCCUCUUUUAGGAAGAGGUAUGUAGAGAAAAUUUCUGCUUCAUCUUCAUCAAAUGAUCAUGUUGGUUUAAUCGUUAUCUCAAGUGUUGAAGAUGAGUUUCUUAAUAACCCUGAUUUCAUGCUUAUUGACAAAGAAGGUUUUGGUUGUUGGGACAAUUACAGCUAUAUGCAUGAUAAACUUUGGUAUUACAAUGGUUGUAACCAUUGUAAGUCAGGUGUGGAGGAAAGAUUUGUAACGAAAGAAAAUCCGAAUGGUUUAUCUGAUGUUUAUCAUGAAAAAUCGUUGGUGUGUACAAAUGAUAAAUGUGAAGGAGUCGACAUCUAUUCUAUUCCCCGGUUCAAGAUACCUAUUAUGGUGCAAGACUCUUCCGGUACUGUGUCUUUGACACUGUUUGAUUUUGAAGCUUACAAGAUUCUUCAGAAAACUGCCAAAGAGUUAGUUUCAAUUCAAGAUCAGGUUGUUAAUUCUGGAGAGAUACCGAACCCAUAUCCUGAGAUUUUUGACACAUUGAUGGGAAAGAGGUAUGCUUUCAUCAUAAGUGUUAAAAACUAUAACAUUGAGCAUCAGGUUGAAAACUAUGGUAUUUCAAUGGCCACUAACGAUGAUGAGAUCCUUUCCGCGCUCUGCGCCAAAUUCAAUCUUAACCAGGAUGAGAUGUCAUACUGCGGUGACAAUGUUACACCUGCAUCCCAAGCACUUGUAGGCACUGAGAAUCCGUCUUCUGAUGAAACAAAACGUAAUAUUCGUGAAGUGUUCGAUGUGGAUGAUGCAUUAGGUUGCUCCUCGACAAAGCGCCGCAUUAGUGAUGAACUCUCCCAGGAUGAAGAUGCUGGUGUUUCAACGCUUUUGAUUCCAAAGAUUGAGAAAUACAUAUGGUGCGCUAACGGCAUUCAACCCAUUGAAAGAGUUGAUGUUGAUGUGACAACGAUCCUUACCACGCGUCCGUGUCAUUGGGAUCUCCAUUGUCGUAAUGUGCAGCCAUUGGUGGUCAUAGAUGCACAUGCAGAUGCUAUGCCACCUAAGGCGAAUGUAGAACUGCUGGCGGUUGUACCAGCUGUCGUUAUUGAUGAUCCGGUUAUAGCAAUUACCGUUGCAAUCGGAAAGAAUGACAUGCAAUGCACCCCUGCAGAAGUGCUUGCUGUGCUCAGUGACCUCGAAAGGGUGCUUAAAGCGUUAUUUAUGUUCCCCACAAUGUUUUUAUAA